ACAAAUCCAGUUGGCUCGCAAACUUGCCGGUCUUGAUUUCGGGAGCGCUGUUCUUUGUUCUCAGCCGUUUCUCUUCGCCGGAGAAGCCAUGUACGGUUCCAAGGGGCAUGAUUAAUGGAGAUGGUUUUGAAAGGAGAGGAAAAAAGAUUGCUAUGGAAGUUAUCAAAUACUCCAUGGCGGUUAUCCAUACCAAGAAAUGUGGAUAGACCUAGUGGCAAUAUUGGGAAGCGGGGGGGUUUCGGACGGGUAUGAGGGUACAAAGAAGACAACACGAAUGACAGAAUCGAAUCCCUACUUCGCAGUGAGCAGCAGCGGCAUCUCAGAUGGGCACGAGGCGGUUGGUUCAAAGAGGUCACGCAAACUGGAUUCCUAUCUGUAUCCUGGGAUGGGCAGUGGUGGUGUCAAUUAUUACCAAUCCUACAGCAGCAGUGGCAGCGGCAGCGGCAGCAUGCUGCAACCAUUCCCUGUUGUUCGCCUGAGGGGUCUCCCUUUUAACUGUGAUGACCUUGAUAUCCUCAAAUUCUUUGUUGGCCUGGAUAUUGUGGACUGCCUCCUUGUCAACAAGAAUGGUCGUUUCUCAGGGGAAGCCUUUGUCGUAUUUUCAUCCCCCAUGCAAGCCGAGUUUGCUCUCCAGAGGGACAGGCAGAACAUGGGCCGGAGGUAUAUUGAAGUCUUCAGGUGUAACAAGCAUGACUAUUAUCAAGCUGUUGCUGCUGAGGUUAGCCCCGGAGGUUCCUUCCAUGAAGGUGGUGACUAUUACCACAGUGCACCACCUCGGCCCAAGAAAAUUAGUGAAGGCAAGGACCAAAUGGACUAUACAGAGGUCCUUAAGCUUCGUGGUCUUCCAUACUCUGUUUCCAAGUCAGAGAUUGUGGAAUUUUUUGGACAUGAGUUCUGCCUGAAUGAAGAAAGCGUGCACAUUGUAAGCCGCUCUGAUGGGAAAGCUACCGGAGAGGCUUAUGUUGAAUUCACAUCAGUAGAAAUGGCCAAAAAGGCAAUGUGCAAGGAUAAGAUGACAAUUGGGUCCAGAUAUGUUGAACUUUUUCCAUCAACCCAUGACGAAGCAAGCAGGUCUCAUUCUCGGUCCAGAUUUGAUGUCUGAACUCAUUUUGAUGUGAGGUUUGUCUAUGGAUGAUUAGCUAUCUGCUUUCUCCUAUAUUAUCAUCUUCUUGCUAUCUUCAGCACGGUUAGCCCUCCAUUUCCUACAAUUCCAUAAGAACUGUGCCGUUGUAUAAUCGGUGGAUGUUACAAAGAUUUUCUAUUACAGUUGUUUUUGUGGUGGAUGAUCAGUUGUUCAGUGAUGAUCAAAUUUUGUGCUGUUUUAGAUUCAUGUCAGUUGUGGAUCAUCAUAAGCUUUUAUUAAUAGCCUAGAUUGUUUUCUCAGCA